UAUGAUGCAUUAUAUGGUCGGCAUUCCUCGUUGUGUACUAGGAGCCAAACGUCACGCUUUGGGGAAUGUCUGUUCAUCCUGAGUAGAUUUUUUUUAUUUAAAAAAAAUAGUUUUCAGAAAAGAAAACCGAGCUGGUUUGUCUUGCCGGCUGGUAUCUUAGGGGUUUUAAUUUCAAUGCGUCUAAGAAUACCAAGGUAUUCCGUUCCGUCAACCCCUCUGCGAGUUUUUGCAAGGAUUCCGUUUGAAUUACAUCAGGUUUAAUCGAAGCAUCGUAUAUCACGACUUGCAACGUUUCCCUCUCUGCUUACCCAAUCCCUCAACAAGACACGUGCCAUUCGCUCCAUCUUCUCUCUCCUCUUCUCUCCCUCUCACGCACACUUCUUCAGUAAGACUUUUCGUUUCUCUUUAAGCUGUGCUCAGCGUCGCAUUCCCUCCCAGAAACCGCACGUCCAUUUGCCUCUUAAACGGGUUCCAUCAACGCAUGAAACUCUCGAAUCAAAUUAUCCACUAAGAGAUAACGAGGAUCAUUAACAAUUACAUUUCUGACCGUCGCAAACACUUGAAAGAUAUCCCACAGUAUCGGAAAAGAGGGAGACGCUUGCGUGGAUUUGCGAACGAAGAGCGCGAACUUCAUAUCUCCGUUAGAUUGUUAUUUCAAAGUUCGUUCACUUAGCACAUUGCUGUGCAGACGACCAUAACAUCACCUGUUAUCGUUAUCGUCUAUAUCUCAAUCGUUCGAUCGGGCGGUGCGUUCAACUGCCUUAUUUUUACCCAAAAACAUGGAAUUCUGCAAAUCUUAACAAAGGAAGACGCUGUUUCCUUUUGUAUUGGAAGACCUCUUCGCUUUCAACGCAUUUUUAGGCGUGUGACUAUAACAUCAAACAGAAAUAUCACCAGUUUAGAAAGAAUCGUUUAAAGAAACUUCUUGUUCGAAAUGGAAAAUGAUACGACCACGGCGGUGAUGUGGACCACGGAGAAGGAUAUGACGGGAAUGACGACGAACGCCACGACGCCGAUGGCCUCGACCACGGCCUUACCUCUACCACCAUUCCUCGAUCACGGUCUUUCCAUCGUACUCGUAUUUGCUUUCAUCUUCGGUAUCGCUGGCAACGGAGCCGCCAUCAUGAUCUUCGUCAAGACCAAGUCUUUGCGGACACCACCCAACAUGUUGAUUGUGAAUCUUGCCAUCAGUGACUUUGGAAUGGUCAUUACCAACUUUCCUCUCAUGUUUGCUUCAACUAUAUACAAUAGAUGGCUCUUCGGGGAUAUAGGUUGUCAGUUUUACGCCUUCUGUGGAGCUCUGUUCGGCAUCAUGUCCAUUGCCAAUAUGACUGCAAUUGCACUGGAUAGAUACUACGUGAUCUGUUGGUCUCUGGAGGCGGUACGUUCGGUGACUCAUCGACGGUCUAUGAUCAUCAUUCUCAUAGUGUGGGCUUAUGCAAUCUUCUGGUCCAUUCCACCGUUCUUCGGCGUAGGGUCCUACGUCCUGGAGGGCUACGGUCUCGGCUGCACCUUCGAUUUCAUGACGCAGGAUCUCAACCAUUACCUCCACGUUAGUUUCCUCUUCGCCAGCAGCUUCGUCGUGCCAGUCACCAUCAUCGUCGCCUGCUUCACCCGCAUAGCCGUCACGGUGAGGAAGCAUCGGCACGAGCUAAACAAGAUGCGGACACGACUCACCGAAGACAAGGACAAGAAGCAUAAGUCGUCCAUCCGUCGCGCCGACAAGGCCAAGACCGAGUUCCAAAUCGCAAAGGUCGGUUUCCAAGUCACCAUCUUUUAUAUCCUCUCCUGGUUGCCUUAUUCUGUAGUCGCUGUCAUUGGUCAGUACUUCGACCCGGAUUUACUGACACCGUUGGGAACGGUCGUGCCGGUUAUCUUCGCCAAGUGUUCAGCUAUCUGGAACCCGAUCAUCUAUUGUUUGUCGCACGAGAAGUUCAACGCGGCGUUGAAGGAGAAGCUCAUGGAGAUGUGCGGGGUGGAGCUUCCGUCGAAGCAUCGAAGCAUGGGGUCGCAGGAAUCUUCGGUUACCGGCCGACGGGGGAUGCAUCGCCAGAAUUCUUCGACGCUGUCGGAAUCCUCCGUCUCCAGCACGGUGGAGCAGGACGCCAUGGAGCUGAAGGACCGGAAGCAGGGUCCAGGUCCAGCCACCGUGAGGGUCCAGCAGGAGAAGGGGGAAGCCGCGGGGACGUAUCGGAGGAACCCCGAGGAAGUCACCUUUUCCAAAGACACCGGAGCUGAAAUCGAAGAGAAGGGCAGGGGCGAUCAGGGCCAGCGUGACGAUAGAGUAAAGCAACAUGGAGAAGGGCAAAUGGAUCAGUGGAGCCAACCGCCUCCCGCUGCUCCGGGGGUCAAUGAUAAGGAAUACCUUACAAAGAUGUAGAUUAGGCCUGUCAUGUGAUUUGAAUAUUAUUCAUCGGGUGGUCUACUGUCUUUAGCUAUUUGAUCUCUCCUGUUUAACCCAUCUCCCUUUAUUAAACAAUACUGGAGAUUGUUUAAAAAAUGAUAAUAGGAAUAAUACCACCCGCAAAAACAGCAACAAUGAUAAAUAUUAUAAU